GCCUAACGACGAAAAUGGAAGCGAAAAAGGAGCGAACAUGCAGAAGAAACAGAAUCUGAUUACGUGGCCCAGUGUAUGAAUCCCACGUAUCACCUGAGAAACCAAAAUAAGUACCAAUUAAUUAUAUUCGAAAUUAUUUUUUUCGUUAAAAAAAUAAAUGAAAGAGCGGUUUCAUACUUUCAUUGUCAAAAGCGAAACUACUUUUGCUGCUCUAUCUCUAGCUCUCUGGAUGCUGAGAGAAGUGAAAAAAGGAAGCUUUGGUCAGUAAUUAAUGGUUCUCCAGAAUCAGAUCUGAUACAUAAAGAGAAAGAAAGGAGUUUCUGUGUAUAGGAGCUGAGCAGAGUGUUUUGAAGUUUACUAGAUCACUGGAAAGCAAUUGAUGAUGGAUGAAUAUAUUGAUCAUUAUUUCUCUUCCACAUCAUGGGCAGAUGGAGAUGUUAAGGAAAGCUCAUGUUGGGGCUACGUUGAAACUGGUCAACCGAAUUUGCUGCUUCCUGCCUCAAUUAGGUUAUAUGAAAAUGACAAAGGAAACCCACCUUUAAGUAUGAUUAGUUCAAAACCAAGUGUGGAAAAGUUACCAAUCACUCUUGGUGUUGAGUCAAAUUAUGCUGUUGACAAAUGUUUAAUUUCUGGGAAUACUCUAUUGCAAAACGUCAGUCAAAGCUGCAGGGACAAAGCCUCCCCAACAAUGAAUUGCAGCUUGCAAUAUGACACAGCUCUUCCUACACUGGCUUCAUUCAAUCUUACAUAUCCAAACCAGCUUCCAGUGGUUGAUGAAUUAACAUCGUCUCCUUCCCUUGCUAAGGCAGGCAUUGUACACAAUGGCAUUGACAGUGAACGACUAGAGUACCAUAGGUCCUUCAAAGAAAUGCAAAAUCUAUCAAUGGCACGACUCAGGCCUUCAGCAUCAAAUGAAGGUGUUUUAUCCAUGUCUGCUCUGAUGGGACAAGACUCGUUGCAGCAACUUGGUCUUCAAGAAGGAAAUUUGGAUGAUGAAACUGACUUUAUGAGGAAGAGAUAUGUUAGCAUGGAUCGAAUUCUGCAACUUGAUAAGUUGUCUGCAACAUCCACCAUAGAGGAUAAGGUGGAUUUGCAAAGUUAUCCAUUUUCUCCUUUCACAGAUCGUCCAAAUAUAAAAAUCACAACAGAUGAAGUAUUAUUCCCUUCACAGACUACAUCAGCUUCUCCUUCCAAUGGCUGCAACAGAACUUUAAAGCCGCGUGUAAGGGCACGCCGUGGCCAGGCUACUGAUCCACACAGUAUAGCUGAAAGGCUUCGGAGGGAAAAAAUUGCUGAGAGAAUGAAGAAUCUGCAAGAACUUGUUCCGAAUUCUAGUAAGAUUGACAAGGCAUCUAUGCUUGACGAGAUCAUAGAGUAUGUCAAAUUUCUUCAGCUCCAAGUCAAGGUACUUAGCAUGAGCAGAGUAGGAGCAGCAGCAGGAGCAAUCAUUCCUCUCAUCGCAGAUGUUCAAGCUGAGGGUUCUAACAGGCACUCACUUGGACCAUCAGUUGGUUUGGGAAUUGAUAUUUCUCCAUCUCCAGACCAAAUUGCCUUUGAGCAAGAAGUGCUUAAGCUCAUGGAAUCCAAUUUAACUACUGCCAUUCAAUAUCUUCAAAGCAAAGGACUUUGCCUGAUGCCUAUCCAUCUAGCUACUGCUAUAUCAAGUGGAAAAAAGGCAGAAUUAUCAUGUAAUGGUGAAGAGGAGCAAAAUUUUGGCUAUGCCAAUAAUCUUGUCCAUAGCAACAGCAGCAGCCACAGUAGCAACUGCAGCUUUUCUGGUACUGAGACCCAUCAAAUGUCCUAUGAAGACAAUAUUAUGUCGGAACAGCACAGCAGCAAAGGCAACAUUGCCAAUGAGUACAAUGGGAUGAUUGACAAACAAGAGAAGGCAAAGAUGAAUAAUCUCUAUCAGUGAAUCAAAUUUUAAAGAUGCAACUCUUAUUUAGGAUAAAAGAUCUAAUUAAACUAUUGCAGUGCAAUUCAUUCCCUGUUGCUUUUAUUUCUCUCCUUUUUUCCAAGUUAGGAUCCCUUCA